AGACACUGCUCUACCACAGUUGCUCUGAGGUCCUGGGAGAGAGAAGGAGUAGCCUACACACUCUUCUUCCCGCUUCUCGUCUGUCCGCCUCUCCUAAUACUUGAAAUAAGAGACGCUUCACUUCGCCACCCGCAGGUUCCAGAGGAGAAAAUAUAACAAAGAGGGUCUCUUUCCCCCCCCUCCUUCAUAUUUUGCAAAGAUCUGUUGCACGGACCAGAAGAGAUCCCUUUGAGGAGUGUUUCUUCUCUCAUCCUAAUUCCACUGAGCAGAACAUGGCCAGAAGUCCCACUCUGACUCGGACUGUUGUACCAUUUGGGCUACUCUUCCUAGUCCAUGGAAUCCAUUGCUUUUUCUUGCCCAAUGCUACCGAUUUGGAAAGCAUCCUCAGUAGAUACCAGGAGGAGCAGUCCCACUCAAGGACCAAGAGAGCCAUUUCUCGAUCGGACAAAGAAGAGAUUCUAAUGCUUCACAAUAAACUGAGAGGCCAGGUCUACCCUUCAGCAUCCAACAUGGAAUACAUGAGAUGGGACGAUGAGCUGGAGAGAUCGGCCGAGUCCUGGGCCCAUCAAUGUAUUUGGGAUCAUGGGCCUGCCACCCUCCUUAUGUCCAUUGGUCAAAAUCUGGCUGUUCACUGGGGCAGGUAUCGCUCUCCAGCUUUCCAUGUCCAGUCUUGGUAUGAUGAAGUGAAAGAUUAUACCUAUCCCUAUCCCCACGAAUGUAACCCCUGGUGUCCAGAGAGAUGUUCAGGACCAAUGUGCACCCACUACACACAGGUGGUCUGGGCAACGACAAAUAAGGUUGGCUGUGCUGUGAAUACCUGCAAAAGGAUGGACGUGUGGGGUCAAAUCUGGGAGAAUGCUGUCUACCUGGUCUGCAACUACUCUCCUAAAGGCAACUGGAUCGGAGAAGCCCCGUAUAAAAAUGGCAGGCCGUGUUCUGAAUGCCCGCCUAGCUAUGGAGGAAGGUGUCAGAAUAAUCUCUGCUACAAAGAUGACGGUUACGUCCAAAAACCCGAGACCGAAGAGACCAAUGAAGUGGAGACGCCCCAGGUGUCAGACAGCAAACCUGUGUGGAAGCCCACAGCCGCAAAACCUGUGAAAGAAAAGCCAACCAAUGUGUCUUACAUGACACAAGUGAUCAAGUGUGACACCAAAAUGAGGGAUAAAUGCAAAGGAUCGACAUGUAACAGAUACCUGUGUCCUGCUGGUUGCUUGAACAAUAACGCAAAAGUGUUCGGAACCUUCACCUAUGAAAGCUCAUCCAGUAUAUGUCGGGCUGCCAUCCAUUCUGGGGUGCUGGAUAACAGAGGAGGCUUGGUAGACAUCACCAGGAAAGGCAGAGCAGAUUUCUUUGUGAAGUCUUCAAGAAAUGGCAUCCAAUCAUCAAGUAAAUUCAAACCUUCUAAUUCCUUCACUGUUUCAAAAGUCACAGUGCAGACUCUGGAUUGUUACACCACAGUAGCGGAGCUUUGCCAGUUCAAGAAGCCCGCCACUCAUUGCCCAAGGUCUUACUGUCCAGCUUACUGCAAAGAUGAGCCAUCCUACUGGGCACCGGUGUAUGGCACCAACAUUUAUGCAGAUAAUUCCAGUAUCUGCAAAGCAGCUGUGCAUGCAGGGGUCAUUGGGGACAAUGCUGGUGGGUACGUGGACGUGAUGCCCGUGGAGAAGAAGAAAUCCUACAGUGGCUCUUUGAAGAAUGGGAUCCAAUCUGCAAGCUUAAAGCCACAGACAGAAGGAAACGCCUUCCGAAUCUUUGCCGUGAAGCAAUAAAUUUGUAAGAAACGGAACCCCGUCUGUUGGGAGGAGGAUGCGGUGCUAUUCCUAAGCAAUGGGAAGCCCACACAUGAUGGUGGUCGGUCCUGGCAUGUAGUACGACGAAGCCCUCUUGGUCAAAACUCUUUCAGGGACGACAAAGACUGCUGCCGGAAUCACAUUCUGACUUAACUAUCCACAUCCCAUUGGUGUCAGCUCAGUGUUUAUUAUUAUUAAUAUUACUUUCAAACAUUUAGGGUCAGGUUUUGAGAGUGGAGUGUUCAACACCUUAUUCUCUGGUGCACAGCUUAGAUUGCUCAAAGGCAAGAGUUUUGCACUUCAUGGAAUGAACCUACCGCUUAAGGGUGAACGUUAGCUUGAAUAACUAUGGAGGCCUUGCUAUGUGUGUGAUAGUUUGUGUGUGUGAUUGGGUGUGUUGAAGAGAGAGAGAGAGAGAGAGAGAGAGAGAGAGAGAGAGAGAGAGAGAGAGAGAGAGAGAGAGAGAGAGAGAGAGAGAGAGAGAAUCCAAGUCUCCCUGGAUUCUUUUCUUGGGUUAACAACAGGUCCAUUAAAUGCAGUGCUGAAACAACAUGUGGUAGACUGUUCUGUGGAUAGUGCAAAAGACACACCUAGCUGUCAGAAAAACAAAGCUGCCUUUCAAAAGAGCACCACCUCCAUAAACCGGGAAUUUCUCUCAAACAAAGGGAAAAAAUGUGGAAUAGCUGGGUUUGCUGGCCAAACAAUUGCAGGAAGUUAGGAAGGUUAGGGGUGUUAAAAAUAAAUGAAGGAACUAGAACCCCUGUCCAGGCACAUUUCGAUUGGUAGUACGUUAGACAGCAUUGUUUUAUUUACAAUUACCUACAAUUUAUUUUAUUCAGCAGAGCUGGUCAUAUCUUAAUUAUGCAGUGAUCUCUAGAAGUUGAUCUUUAUUUUGUUAGAAACUUACAGAGCGUUUGCUUUGCCCCUGUUUUUGUACAGAUGUGGGGCUUUAUUUUAUUAUUAUUAUUUUUAUAUAUAUAAUGUAUGUUGGGGUUAACCACAACAUAUAUAUUAGAGAACUAAUAGAUCUGGUUUGUUUCCUUGUAUUCAGUAAGUAUAUAUUUAGAUCCCAUGCAGAUCCCAACUGUCUCCAUGAUGAAUGGAGUUGUAACAUUCACCCAGCUAUUUUAAGGGUUGGAUUUUAAUCAUUUAUCAUUCUCACACCCCCACACCCCAUUUAAAACCUUUUAAAAUCAAGCCCAAUCCACAGUUGUGAUCCAAAGAGCUUGCUUUUGUCUGCCUGCUGGGAAUUUGGACAGUUCCUCUAAGAUCCAGGCUCUGAGUGUCAUAGAGCGCUUGGAAAGUUGUUUUUAUUUUAUUUUAAGGAAUUCAUUCCAGUUCCGGUUUAUUCCCUGCAAAGAGGAACAAAUUCCAUUCUGAUUCAAUUAACAAAUUUAUAAUAAUUCAUAAUUCCUUCAUGUAGUGCUAUGUGUUAUUCUUUUCCUCUAUCUCUCUAGACAUCAGAAUUUUAAAAGCUGCUCUGGAGAGGUAUAAAAUAGAAGAAAACAUCAAAACACACACACAGUGCAAUGUGAAAAAAAACUAAUUCACAUUUGGUUCACCUGGAAAUUAUAGGAACUGCUUUCUGGUGUAGCUCAGAAAGAGCUGAAUUAAUUCAGUGAAGUAGUUCAUUUCGAGCACUAAUGUGAUCACUUAUGUAACCAAAAUGGCACCAUCCAUAUAUAACAAAAGUAUCAGUGGAUCUGGAGGAAAUCCCAAAGUCUGCAUAGGUUCAACAUAUCUUUAGGUUAAAAAAAAAGGAGAAAAGAGGCAAUGAGAGCUGGUCAUGCUCAAUUGCCAUGGAAUGCUGACUAAGCAGUGGGUGGGUCAGAAAACAUGGGCGAGGGGAAAUGGAAUGGAGCAGUAGAAAUCUUGAACAGUGUCCCACGCCACAACAUUUUAUUGCAGGACUCUCUAAAUAUUGGCAUCUCAUCUCAUGCCAUAUCACAUUCUGCCAAAGAUUAUAAACUGAACAUUUACUUUCUAUUUAUUUAGAGUGAAUCUUUAUAGUAAGCAAUAGUUGUUUUCUUUGCUUUUUUAAAAAUAGUGAUGCAGAUGAUUAGAUAAGUGCCCUGGAUGAACUUUGGGGUCCUGGACUUCAAGGAAUGCUUGCCAGCCAUGGUGCUAAAGUGGUGCUAAUUAGAGAUAAACAGAAUUGCAUCCCACCCCCAUAUCUGCUCCAGGAAUUGUCCCCAAUAAACUGAUUUAAUAUUCCAAAAAGUCUUUUGAACAAAGGAAGGGGGGAUGUAAUACACAGACAUUGUCAUUUUAUCCAACAUAUACCAGCGGGCACAUUCAGAUAUAGAACAACUACAACAAAGAAUAGCCUUUCCAUUCCUGGGUUCAUGAUUGCCUAUUUUGGAUGCCUGAUCUGCAUAGAUCUCUUCUCUGUAGGCAGCAAGGGCCUGCAGGGUUGGUUUUUUGUAUAUUUGCUUUUUUCUAUGAAAAAUGAUGUAUUUUUUACUAUUUCCUUUGUAAAAAUAUGUUCGCUGUAAAUGACUUUGUUUUAGCUUUGCAUGGUCUCCUCGAUGGGUUUAGGAUUUCAGACUGAUUCUCUAGCACCACAGCAAAGUAUCUCUACAGCAAAACAGACUGAUUUCCGGCUGUUUUGGUUUAUGACAUUUGUAGAAAUAAAACUCUUGAGAAUUAAAUGAGA